ACUAAACAUCGAAUGGCAAAUAAAAUUUUGCAAGGAUACGAAGAAAAUAUAAACGAAGAAGAAAAUGAAGGUUCAAAUAAAAAAAUUAACGUACAAUUUGACGAUGUAUCAAAUUUUGUUAAUCAAGAUCUUCCAUUUGCCCUGCUUAAUAAUAAAUCAUGGAAAUUAUUUCAACGAUUUAAAAUAUCUUUUAACUUUUUACGAGAAGAUCCAAGCUCAUGGAAAGCCUUAGAUGAGUAUAUACAAGCUAAAGAAAUAUUAUCUGCACUAAAAGUCGUUAACGAUACAGCUGAACGUGGGAUAAAAUUGAUGGAGGAAUAUAAUGAAAAAUUCACUAAAAAUGAAGAUCAAAAACAAUUUAUUUUACAAGUAUGAAAUAUUUAUAUAAU